AUGCUUUCCUCUCGGUGCUGUGCUGCGGCGGCGCUCGCGCUCGCGUCCUCGGUGACCGUGUUGGUGGUGGCCUGUGCAGCCGCAUCUUCCGGCGCCGAGCCAACGACCACGCCGACAGCGGCUACCACCGCCUCGCCGGCGGGCAGCGCUGCGACGGCGAACUGCACGCGGUGCGGCGGCGCGGUGAUGCAGAGCCGCGCCGUGCGUCUGCGGGCCAUCAAGGCGCAGAUCCUGAGCAAGCUGGGCAUGAAGCGGGCACCCAACGUGACGCGCCGCGCUCUGCCGGGCAUCCAGCCCCUGCAUCAGCUGCUGGACCGCUACGACGCCGGCAUGAUGCAGGCGGACGCGCCGUUCGAGCCCGGCGAACAGUACGACGACGACGACGACUUCCACGUGGCCGCCGAGAAGAUCAUCACCUUCGGGCAGCACGCGCCUCCCGAGAUGGGGCUGGUGCCGGAGUGGCAGGCGGUCCACUUCCGCUUCUCGGAGGCGGCGCUCAACCUGCACGUGUCCAAGGCGCAUCUCUGGGUGUUCGUCAGCUCAAACCAGUCGUCUUCCUCGGCGGCCGUCUGGGUCACGCUCUACCAAGUUGCAAGGGACGCCGCUUCCGCACAUGAACUGCACCUCGUCAAGGUGCGGACGAAAGAAGAGAAGGGCAACCUGCAGCAAGGGUUCUGGGUGCAGAUGGACGCCAGGAAGCUGGUUUCGCACUGGUUCCGACAUCGAAAGGACAACUUGGGAAUCGUGGUGCACGCCUACGACUCCGAAGGCCGCAAAGUGCACGUCACUGUGGAACCGCCGCCUGGAAGGGAAGCCUUGAGGCCAUUCCUGGUGGCGAUGGUGGACAAGAACGGCCGCAGCCGGACGCGGCGCAUGGUGGGCCUCAACUGCCAGGAUAACUCGAGCGAGGAGCGCUGCUGCCGCUACCCACUCACCGUGGACUUCGAGGAGUUCGGCUGGGACUGGAUCAUCGCGCCCAAGCGGUACGAGGCCAACUACUGCAGCGGCGAGUGCCCCUACGUGUUCAUGCAGAAGUACCCGCACACGCACGUCGUGCAGCAAGUCAACCUGUCCGGCUCGCCGGGGCCCUGCUGCGCGCCGCGCAAGAUCUCUGCCAUCUCCAUGCUGUACUUCGACGACAACCACAACAUCGUCUACGGCGUGCUGCCCGGAAUGAUCGUCGAACGUUGCGGAUGCUAUUGACGCGCCGCGCAAGGUGGCCAAGAUCUCCGUCCCUGGUCUGCUCGAAGGGGCUCCGAACUUCUGCCGCCGUGUGCGCGGAAGGCUGUGUAGUACAAAGAGACGUUAUCUUUACCGUCGCGAUGGUUCCGUCCCGUGGACAAUGCCGGACCGUGUGGCUUCGGUGAGCUGUGUCGCCUGCAUGGUGUCUCUUGCCAGUGUUCUCUGUUCCAGAGUGUGCCAGAGACCGAGUCAUUUCACCCUGAAGACUGCUUCGACUUACGCUGGUAGCCAUUCUGCCCUAAACAUGCGUCAAGUAUGUCGCCCAGUGAUAGCAGCCGAGUAGCUUCUCGAAAAGAAAAAAAAAAGGGGGGGGGGGGGGAGGAGUCUUGUAUGACCCUGAGUUUGGGGCUUCAUAAUGCCAGUAAAGAAGGGUUGGCAGACAAGGCAGGCUGCAGGCAUUGAAGCGUGCCAUCAACUAAGUGCUUCACGCAAAAGCGGGGUGAGAGAGUUGAAAGGUCUGAAAGUCAAGUUUGUAUUACGCACACUUGCGUGAUUUUUCAUCUUUUCCCAGCUGUAACCGGUGUACCCGGAGGCACCGUGCACGAAUUCAUGCAGUCGUGCACAGGACUAUAUAUAUAUAGGCCGAUGGAGCCGCUUCUCAUCACGGUUCCCAAAGUGCUGAGGACGUCAUUUUGUGUGCGUGCGCGGUGAAUGAGGACAUUGUGUGUGGUAUCCGAGUGGUUUAACCUUGGCGCCCUUUCUUUAUUUUAUUUUCUGCCUCUUCACAAAGUGAUCUAUUUAAUGAAAGUACACGUCGCGAUCCGUGAUCGUCGAUGUGUGAUCAUACUUGUUCUUUUGUACAUGAAUUUGCGUUAGUGUUUUAUUCUCGUGCCUUUUACCGAGUGUGCGAACAAGAUCUGUUUUCGUUUGUGUGCACACGUGCGUGUGCUAUGUGGGUUUUGGAAAGCUGCUCCAAAGAUGUUUCUCGUACAGCGUGUAUGCGUCAUUGUUUUCAUAUUUGUGAGCAUUGUUUAAGAAAUAAUUUCACCCCCAUAUGACAUCGAUGCCCUUAAAAAAAAAGAGAGCAUGAGCUGGCCACAGCUUGCUCGAAGUAUAGCUUAGGACAAAAAAUGCGGCAAAAGCUGCGUUGCUUUCCCGACAGCUGAAUACGCAACAAUCACGUGUUGUGUGUUAUAUCCGCGCGUUCUAGCGAGUGUUUGGUGCUUUCUUUCCUGUGCUGGUGUCGCAUGCGCUUACACUAUAUCUAGGAAGAACUGAAAGCUAUUGCUGUGAGAGUCUCACUGUGAAAUAUGUGACGACUCGUUGACGAAGUGCCUGUCCCCGCUCAGUGUUGUUUAUAUAUUUCUCUUCGUGCACGCGUCUCUGCAGGAAAAAAAAAAAAAAGAGAGAGAGCUUUUCUACACAUGCUCGUUAUUGGCGCCGUAUGCUCGGUUUUGGAUCACAUAUGAUGAUGCCUCUGCGAUUGAGACCAAUUCAUUUUUUCUGACCGAGCUGAGCACUGUGUGUAUAUAGCUUUUGUGAACCGUCUGUGACAGACAAACGACGUUCGCAUUUUAGACAUUAUGCGUCCUCGAGCCCUGUGCUUGGCUAGCUUGUAAAGCUUCAGCUUACGCCUGUGCCAUGUAUUGUAAAUAUGUAGCCGGUGAUUGACGCCAUAGCCAGAAAAUCGAUGUGAAAACAGAAUUUCAUUCUCGAAGUGUUGCCUAUAUACUAUAUUGUUUGUAUUCAACUGUCGCUCGCACAGCGGUUACAACUCGCUGUGGAGCAAAUCGGGCUUCAUCCCUUAUCUGAUCGUACACAUACCAAACCAUUGUCACUCUUCACUUGUACUGCAACGGCGCUGUCUUACUUUCUCAGAAAACAGGGGUGUCGCAACUUUUUCGCUUUCGUUUACUCCUGUCUUUCCUAUGCGAGCGCGCGCGCGCGCGUGUGUGUGUUCGUGUGACACAUCGACGUAUCUUUAAAAGAUAUGACUGUUAUUCGCAUACUUUACAGUUACCGUGGGUAAUGAGAAUGUUGCUUAUACAAAGAAAUUGCCUUCUCUUCCUCAUUGUCAACGCUUCACGCUUUUCCAGUGUGACUGCAGGCUACGCUAAGGAAGCAUCCUUCUUGACUUAUUCUAUAUUGCGUGAACUCCGCUGCUUGACAAGUCAACAGAUUAAUAAUAACGAAGGCAUUGAUUCAGUAAUAUGGACGCUAGUCGAUCUAUUGCCCACAUUUGUAGAACAUACAGCGGAAUUCGAAUUCUAUAGCAUAUGCUAACAGAAGUUUGGAAACAGUCUCUCAAAAGACCUGUUGUGUGAGGCUAAAAAUUUCGUAAAUUGCUCGUUUCUUUCAGGAUCAGUUUAUUUGCAACUAUAUUAAAGUUUGAACAAAGGAAGUCUCGCAGGUAGAAACUUACUGAGACGUCCCCCCCUCCCCCGGUGUAUGUUGACAAGAAUCAUUUAAAUUAAAAGAAGUGAUAACGUGUGAAACUUCUUACAUGACACUCGGUGGAGUGACAGUCCUUACCCCACAUUAUUACCUUCGCCGGCCGAAAUCGCAGACCGAUCCCACGACAGCUAAGCUGCCAUUUAUAUACCGCGCAUGGUUUUGUUAAAAUGACCUGUUGUAUACUGCAUAAGUAUGUCCAUAUGUAAAAAAAACUAGCGUUAAGCAGACUGAUAGAAUUACAAACAUUGCGCUUUGCAGAUUUGCACAGUGCGAAAACGCUAUACAAAUCGUUUAUGAAACGUGGCCGCUUCAAAAAUGAAGUUGCAGGCGUUGUAUGCUAAUUGCGCGCCAUCUUUGCAAUGUUUGAUCUCUGCCGCUGUAGUAGAUCCUAAGCGAGAGUGCUCGGUGAGCCUAAUCGUUGCAUUUUGUAUAUGUGCCCAUAAAUACUGUAAUACCGCCGUCAUGUUGCGGUAUGCACACUGCUUGUAACGAAUUCGAGUCUUUCGGAUCGUCUUGCGUUUAGAUGGCAUAAUGUCAAAUGGAAUGACAGCACUUUCGCUUUUAACGAAACACAGCUUUCGUGGGAACUUUUCAUUGUGCCAUACACCAUUUGUUCCUGUAACGAAGGCCUGCCGCAUUUGUCGUUAUACGGUUGUUGCGUCCUCGUGUGUUCUCUUUUUUAUUAUUGUUGUUAUUAUUGUGCUCGCGUAUUACAGGAAGUGUGCGCAGCGGACUAUACUGCACUGUUGCGCUGUGUGCAUUUCGCGUGGGCGCCGGCGUUCUUUGUUUGCGUGUGGUUUAAACCGUGAGCUUUGAGAUCCUCACCCGGAGGUGGAUGGUCAAGAUUUGAACCAGGGUCGUGUGGUCCCCAACAGAACCGGUCGCUGAAGUGAUGCGCGGUCGUUGGGAUAUGUGCGCGCGAUGCGGAUCGCGUAUAUCUCUUUUGUCUGUGGCAUCCGCGGAAUUUAUUUGCUUUCAAGGGCCUCCUUUCGUUCUUUCUUCUUUUUUUUUCUCUCCGACAGAGUCCAAACCUUGCUCUAUAGAUGUUCCCCCAUCUAACAAAGGCAAAAUGUCUGUCGAAAAACGAACGAGGAAGUACUUUUUUUUUUAUAGCUUGAACAAAGAUCGGUGUGUAAAAUAAUGUUCGCUGCGUUGUUGCCAAGUCAUUUCUUGUGCAAGUAAGAGCCUUUCUUUCUUUCCUUCUUUCUUUCUCUUUUUCUUUCUUUUUUUUUUUUGUGGGGGAGGGGUGCAGGCGUUAAUACCAAGAUCGAAUGUCGAUCUAGCUAUGCUGUUCUUGUUAUUGUCAUUAUUUUUAUUAUUGUUGUUUCUCUCUUGUUCUAGUUAGGUGGUGAACGUAAGCGUUAUCACAAUUAUCUGGUGACAUUUAGGAAAGCAGCGACGAGCUGACGACAAGCUCAGAUUUCUUGAAGUAAUAAUAACAAUGCUCUGAAAUACGCAGGCAAGUAUUCUCGAAGCAUUCAGCCGUGCCUCCACCAACAGCGAAACAUUUAACGGAACAAAGAGUCAAGGGGCCUCAGACAAGCUGGCCGAAGUUUCGGUAGGCGUAUACCUAUCGAAACGUCGGCCAGCCUGUCCGAGGCACCUUAACUCCAUUCAUCCGACAUUUAUCUCGCAGUGUGGCAUGUCGAUGUCAAUGGCGAAGUAUAAACGCCAUGGAUCUAUGCAAUCCAUGUGUACUCAACUGCGUAUGAAGAUCCAUACUUUAACCCCACAAGGCCCAACGUAUCAUUUUUGCUAUGCUGUGUUUUAUACCACGAAAUCAUGCUAUAAGCGCAGGAAAUUUAACGCAAAGCCCAUAGUAUAGCGUCUUGAUACGAUGCAGCGAGUUUUCAUUUGCGAAUAGCUCAGCAAACCAAUAAGUAAAUUAUUAAUUAUUAUACUAUUCCUUUAUUACACAAAUAACGUUUCAUUGUUUCCUUCUUUUGUACGAAUGUAGUCUUUCUGCACAAAAAUAGAGGUAAACAGGCUGUUCUAAUUUACCUAGAUGCCGAAUGGAGUUUUGUGACUUUGUGGGGUUAGCAAGCCUCUAUAGCUUCAAUCGCGUCCAACUUUCUCUCCCCCCCCCCCCCUUUCUUUUUACGUGCACAACUGAAAGACAAACGCAAAAUGAAAUGUUUAUUGCCGCGUUUGGGCUUCAGCCUUUAGAGCUCUGACGGCAGCUGUGGUUUCGAGUGACGCAUCCGACGUCUUCAGGGCCGCAUUCCUUUGCAGGAAAAAUGCUGUGACCUAGGCGUCGACGUGUUUUAUCGGCGUAGAGCGCAAGGUACUACAUGGACGGGAAAAUGAGCUUAAUUUUAAGCUGGCCUCUUCUGUCGUCCUUUAAUAUACCUGAAAUUCCUCUGCGUUCUCGUCGCUUUUUUUUUCCUUCUAUCUCUCUAUGUUUCUUUCUCGAGAGAAAUUCCAUCGCGUAACUUAAGGGCACACUAGAUAAAGGCGAUUCAGUAGCUCUUACGUAGACUGCUGAGCUGGAGUUACAGCUGAUAUAGCGCUGCUGACUUGUGCUUUCGUAUAUAAAAUGUACAUUGACGUGCUAUACAGCUCCGACUACUCUGGCAGCUCUGUAAAAGAGAGUGUGUCAGGGUAUAACGCCCUCUGCGCGUUUUGUGCACACAGUUGGUAAUAGAUUUGCGCAGUCGGCGCGUAACUUUGCCGUCGUGGCAAAUGCGAUGUUUCAAGCACCUUUUUUUCUCUCCCUCUUUCCUAUGCAGUAUUGAACGUUGAGCCACACCUAAAUGAGCACGCCUGGUCAUCAGAGAGAAGGUUAGUGCAACCGCAUUAACAGAAUAGCGAUUGCAUACCACCAAGCUAUCGUGAAGUAUCCUCGCAUUGGUUAGCCAGUCGAUCACACACCGAAUGAAUAAGGUAACGACGGCUUACGUACAGAAGGGGUAAGCGACAACACUCCGCUUCCAACCUUGACAAUUUAGCUAUUCUCGCCCUUGAGAGCACCGAAACUGCCACAUGACGUUCGCUCUAAACGCACGCGGUAAAUACUGGCUGUGAUAUCAGCAUUUGAGUUGCGCGCUUUGAUCUGUCCCGACCCCUGUCAAGACUUCAAGGCCUGCCUUAUACCUUAUUAUGAAAAAUGUCCGCAUGCCGAAUAACCUCCACGUCCAAUAAUGUCGUACGAUCAUUCGGAACUAUUUGUGAAAACCAACAUGGCCCCCUGAUAACCUCCGUAGCCAAUAACCCCAUAUCGUAAAACCCAUAUUUGAUCAUGUACGGGGAUAAUUGAAUAUGGAGGCUAUGGGGCAUAUUGCAUGUGUCAUAUAUUCAUGCGGCAUUUGUUAGACAAGGAGAUUAUCUGGCACAUAUUUUUGUAAUAAGGUACUUUGCUUGUUCAUAUUUGUAUACAAGCACCUUGUUUCUUGUGUUUCGCCUCGUCGAUCAAUCCCCCAGCUUUGCAGAUCAUAUUGCGUAACCCUACACGCGCAAUUUGUUGACCUUGGGUGCAGUGCAUGUGAAAAGCGUUUUUUAAUGCGACGGCUCUUUUUCUUCUCUGUCCUACUUCCGCCCUCUCCUUUUGUAUCGCGCGUUCGCUGUAUUGUGAUCAACAAAUGUACAUUUGACGAUCACUCAUCCGGGCUUGAUGAGCAUAGUAAUGACAUAUUUGUAGAUACAAAUGCGUGAGCAUGCACUGUCAAAACUUGAAGCCAGAAGAACAUCCUCUCACGCACAAGAAGCACAAAUUCAUUCGUUGACAAAUGUUCUGUGAUAUUCACAAUAAAGAUAUGGAACGUCA